AAACAUAUUUGACACGUAUCGCCAUGUGUUGGUUUCCCACAAUUCGUUUCCGCCAGUUGGUUUACAUGCAACGUUUAUAUACUACCAUUUAAAGGCAGUACUGGGAGUUUCAGAGCUUCCGCAAACUGCAGCAAAGACGAAGAGUACCGAAAAAUGGCGGAUACCAGGGCUGAAGUUAAAGGGGUCGCCAUGUGUAACGACAGUUGUGGCUGUCCUUCUCCGUGCCCCGGUGGCGGGGCUUGCAGGUGCACAGCAAGCGAGACUACGAGUGGGACAGACCACAAGCUGUGCUCGUGCGGGGAGCAUUGUGGGUGCAAUCCAUGCACAUGCACCAGGGCUGAAGUUGCUGGGACCGGAAAGCUGGUUUGCAAGUGUGGCACGGGUUGCACCUGCGUCACUUGUGCCUCUUGAGCAGCUGUGGUUUAAUUUCCAAUGUUCUCAUGCUUGAGCGAGCUUACGCAAAAUGCUGUUUCCAUCAUAUACGAGAAUAAGGGUUUUUUAGUUUGUAGUGUAAGGCUUUCUCUUGUUAGAGAAAGUAUGUUGGCGUCAGCAAACGAGUUGAAACUUG